UUAUAAUGAUGUAAUCAAUGAAACUAUCAUUGAGAAUUUUAUUAAACAAACAAAUAUUUAUAAUGAUAACAUUGAAAAAAUUUUGAUUUAUAAUGAUGCAUACAUUGAACAAUAUGAAGACAUUCCUUUAGAUUUAGAUUCUUACAAAAUAGAAAUCACUAAUAGAAAAUCUAAAAGAAGAUCAAGAACACUUAAAAAUAAAGAUUCAGAACUAUAUGUACCACCAGAAAUGAUUUUAGAUACGCUUGUUACUUGGAAUCCAAAGAAAAAGAAAUAUGUACCAAUCUUAAAUAAAAAUG